CCUCGUUAAAGAGGCUCAUGCCACGAGGGCGGCACUUGUCCGCGGCGGAGCAAGCGACGAUGCUGGCGAUGCAUCAAAGCGGACAGACCCAGAAAGAGAUCUCUGAAGCGACUGGGCGUGGCAAGAGCGUGGUGCGAACGUUCUUGGCCAGCCCAGACACGUACGGCAGCGCUAAGCGCCAGGGCCGGCCGCGAAAGUUGAGUGCGCAGAUCGAGGAACAGAUCCUUGACGUCGGAUGGACGAAAAAGCUCUUCGCUCGCGAAAUCAUCGAGCACCUUGGACUGCAUGGAGUGAGUGUGCGGCAUGUGCAACGGUUGUUACUGCACGACAAGCGGCGACAGGAGAAGCACGCGCAAACCAACCACCUGCCCCCUUCUUCCGACGAAUCCCCGCCGCCCGCGAGACCCUCGUCCUUGAUGCUGUCCAUGUCCGACGUCGACGACGAUGAUGCCACGGACGGCGGUUUGCACGAAGUCUCCGACUCCCUUCGCCUACUCGACGACGAUAUCUAGACACCCUCUCCUUAUCCGUGUAAUAUAUUAUGACGCGACUCUACUUGAAGUAUCUACUAACGACGCAAACAUCCCGUUGGGGUAUGCCGCCAGCAGUUCGUGCGGCGGCCCGGCCUCCACGAGCCGCCCCUUGU